AUGGAGGUCGCUGUAGGAGCAACAAGCGGAGUAACCAUAUCCGAAUCCAUCGUCGAGAGGGCAUGCGUAAAGCUCCGAUACGCCAUAGCAGAUGAAGCCGUGGCGCGUUCGAACUUCGCAGGUGACCUGCCAGAUAUGUUGGAGGCGCUGGAGGUCAUCCAGCCGGCGAUGGACAAAGCCGAGAUGCGGCCGUUGAGUGAAGGACCGGAGCAGGAAUGGCUGAUGGAGGUCAAGAAAACCGCCGGCAUGAUCGUGGGAAUGGUUGAGGAGUUGCAGGACACAAGGUCACAUGCUGCUGCAACGAUGACUGCACGGAUGCUGUUGCCCCCCCUUGCCACCAUGAAGAAUGACAUGGCCACCAAGGUGGCGGAGACGAAAAAGCGAGUGAUGAAGAUACACGAGUAUUGCCAUCGGUUUUUAACUGGAAAUCUUUGUGAUAUAACCGAUCCGAUGGAAGUGGUGGAUGCCAUAUCAUCGAAAAUAAGAGAUCAGCGAAUAACAGGACCAGUUUUUGAAGAAGCAUUGGUUUUGGGAAGAGGCCCAGAUAGAGAGAGUAUAAUGGCCGUCCUGUUGCCAUCUGCUGAGCGCAACAUCACAAAAGAGCACAUCACUAUUCUUCCCAUCUUUGGGAUUGCAGGCAGCGGCAAGACAACCUUGGCACAAAUGGUUUUUAGCAACACCCACUCCCUCCAAGUUUACCACUUUCGGGUAUGGGUCAAUGUCUCGGUGGAACUCGAUUUUCAUGCAGUAGGUGAGUCCAUAAUUCGCCAGAUAUCAGGAACUGAAGGAGGACAAGAAGAGAUCAGUCAUGCUUUUUCAGAUGUGGAGGGGAUGGAACAUAUAAUGAAGCAUCUUCACCGGCUGCUUAGUGGCAAGAAAGUGCUGCUUGUUUUGGAUGACCUAUGGGAGGAGGAUCCAAUUCAGUUGCAGCUGUUGAAGUCCAUGCUAAGCACCCUGGGCGACAAGGUGGAUGUGAUAGUAACCACGUGCAACCAAGCCAUUGCCAGGAAGAUUUGUACCAUUGAGCCUUACAGGCUAAAUCCAUUGAGUGAUGACACAUGCUGGGAAAUAAUCAAGAAAUCAAUCCAUUUCGAAAAAGAAGAUAAAGAAGAAGAGUUGGAGAAGAUAGGUCGGGAGAUGGCAAGCAAGUGUCGGGGUUUACCAUCAACAGCUCGAGCAUACGCACGCGUGAUAGGUUCCUCCCGACAUGCCAGGGAAUGGAAGACGGCCAAGGAAAUAAAUAUCGCGAGAUAUUCCUCAGCGUUUUUAACUUUGGAGUUAAGCUACAGGAGUAUGCCGCCAGAUUUGAGACUAUGCAUUGUUUAUUAUUGUGAAAUCUUCCCAAACGGCCACAAUAUACUCAAAGACGACCUGAUUCAUCAAUGGAUGGCUCUCGACCACAUCAGACCAUCUGAAAUAUUGUCUGCCACACAGAUAGCCGAGGAGUAUAUUACCAGGCUUUUGGACUUAUCAUUCCUUCAAACCGUAAAGUUGGACAAUGCCAGUGGAAAGAAUGAUAAGAGUGAAAUCUUGUUCACAGUGCACCAUAUAGCGCACGAGUUAAUGAGACAAGUGCAUGCAGGACGUUCAAUCUACUGGGUAGCCACCAAUCAUCACGGGAAACUUGAUGUCACACAUGACGAUCAACUAAGAGCACUGCGUUGUGUAGGUUGUAGCAAAGUUGAGUUUAACGAGGACUCAUUUUCACGUAAGAAGUGCCUACGUGUCCUGGAACUAAAGGAGAGCUCCAUGCUGAAGCUACCUGACUCCAUCUGUAAACUGAGGCAUCUUCGGUAUCUUAAGAUAUCUGAAUUCGCUGGACUAGUAACUCUGCCUCAGUCAUUUGGGGAUCUGAACAAUUUGUUCCAUAUUGACUUAUUAGGCUGCUCCGGUCUACAAAAGCUACCGGAGUCUUUUGGGAAGCUAAUAUCUUUAGUGCAUGUCAACUUGUCAGGCUGCUCUGGGCUUGCAGCUCUUCCUGAAUCAUUUGGGGAUCUCUUCAAUUUGUCCCAUGUCAAUCUAUCACGCUGCCAUGGACUAAUAGAGCUUCCAAAACCACUCCAGAAGCUCAGCAAACUGGUACACCUGGAUUUAUCAUUCUGGUCUUGUUUUGAAGGGAUCGGGAAAAGCCUUGGUGGCCUCACCAGUCUUGAGCAUUUGAAUUUGUCACACCCUUGUUGUCAUCUUCCUCAACACCGGUCUUGUCUCGAAGGGCUAAAAGAUGGUUUGUGCAAGCUCGCCAACCUCCGAUAUCUAAACUUGUCCAUGUGCCUGAAUUCCAUCUUUUACUACCACCAAUCACAAGAGGACAGUCUCCAGUACAUUGGAAGUCUUUCCAGGCUAGAGCAUUUGGACCUGUCUCAUAACACAUUUCUUUUUUAUCUGCCUAAAAGUCUGUGUGACCUCAACAAGCUACACACACUGGAUCUCUCAGGGUGCAUCAGAAUCAAGAAGAUAGGUGAAACGAAGAGUCUCAAGAUUAUAAAAGAUUUGAACAAGUGCCUGGGUCUGGAAAGGUGCCAACUUGUGGUCGGUGCUGACGAAGGGGCGUACAGCAGCUCGAGCAACCUUGCUCAGCUUGAGGUUGUGGACUGUAAAGAGCUGGAGAUAAGUUGCCUUGAGAGGCUGAAGUCUUUGGAGGAAGCGCAGAGGGUAAGAUUAAUUCAGAAGCAAAAGGUUGAAAGGUUGAAGCUUUGUUGGGAAGUUGGUGAAGCUGGAGGAUCUUUGAAGGUGGAGGAAAAUGAUUUGUUAGGAGAACUAGUACCACCAAAUUCUCUGCAGUUCCUCGAGAUAUGUGGCUAUGGCGGGGUAACCUGCCUCCCUGCCUGGUGGAUACCAAGCAUAUCAUCUCAUCUCUCUAAUCUUGUGGAGGUUACCAUGGAGGACUUCCCAAGAUGCAUGGUCCUGCCACCGCUGGGUUUAUUACCAAACCUCGAACGCCUGGUUCUAAGAAAUAUGGUCAGAAUUACAAGAAUCGAUGCCGGUGAACUGAGUGGAGGCUACAGAGAGGCAUUCAGUCGACUCUCUAAGUUCACCAUAGAUGAUAUGGAGAACCUGAAAGAGUUUAAAUUUGUUUCCAUUGAUGAACUGUCGAUUCAGAAAUGCCCCUUGUUGACCUUUGGACCUCUUCCACCCAGAGCUCAGAGGUUGCUAAUAUCAGACUGCGACCAAGCCAUGUCUUCAUCGGGAAAGAUAAGAGGAAUAGAUGGCAUGGAGGGUCCUUCUGCUCCAGUAGCUGAACUGGUCGUCGAAAGCUGCAAUGUACCUCUAGGUGAUUGGAGUUUGCUUCACCACCUCCCUGGCCUUUGCAGCUUGACUAUCAGUAACUGCCACAACAUAACCAGCUCACCAGAGAUUACUAGGGCUCUAUCCUGUCUCCAGUCACUAUGUUUCUCUCAGUGCUACGAGCCUAUGGAAUCGCUACCAGCAUUCUUGUGUGACCUCACCUCUCUCCAGCAACUUGCCAUCAUCGGAUGCUAUGGCAUUGAAUCUUUGCCGGAAGGCAUAGUUGACAAGCUCACUGGCCUCAAAGCUCUGUAUACAUGGGACUGUCCAGAAUUGGAGAAGUUGUGUGGAUCAAAGGAGAACAAACAGAAGCUUGCUCACAUCCCAAUAAAAUUUGAAAAAUUUGGUACCAGCAAGACCAGCGUGCAUCCUGCAGAAAUAUAA